AUGAAUUCAAGCCGUUUGUCCGGUAUUUUAUUACAUAUAACCAGUUUACCAGGUCCGUAUGGUAUUGGAGAUUUUGGUCCAGAAGCAUUUAAGUUUGUAGACUUUCUUCAUAGAACUCGUCAAAAAGUCUGGCAAAUCUUAUCAUUAACACAUACUGCUGCAUGUUCACCCUAUUCUGGUUUAUCCGCAUUUGCUGGUCAUCCAUUAUUGAUUAGUUUUGAUAAAUUAUACAAAAUAGAUUUAUUAACUAAGAAGGAUUUAAUUAUACCAUCGAAUUUCCAAUUUGAUAAUAGUUAUGUAAAAUUCAAAUCGGUUAUCGAAUAUAAAACUACUGUCCUCAAAAAAGCCUACAAAAAUUUUAAACAACAACAAAAAUAUGGUCAAGAUGUAUUAAAACCAUUUAUUCAAUUACAACAAUAUUGGCUUGAUGAUUAUGCCUUGUAUAUGACGAUUAAAGAACAAGAGAAAAAUAAAUCUUGGUCAUUAUGGCCAGAUGAAUUAAAAUAUCGUCGACCAGAAGGAUCACAAUGA